CCCACUUCUUUCUUUUAUUUUCUUAUUAAAUUUUAUCCCCUUUGACAUUUCUUUACCUCCAUUUUAGCAACCUUUUUUGUUCUUCCAACAUUAGUCUUGAAACACAUUUUACUCUUUUCUACUAAAAGUCACAAAGCUUUUGGUCACAAAUCGGUUUUUGCAGAUUAAAACAGUGGAUAAAAGAGUGAACCCUUAAACCCACCUUUUUAGCUCACAUCACCAUUCUGCAAUGCAAGAACCAAAAAACUGAGGUUUUGACUUAUUGACCAUGAUAUGUCCACAUGUCCAAUGACCCAUUUUUCUCAUCAUUUGGGCUUGUGGGUCUGUUCAUAAUCUGAUCUUUAAGUACUUUUGAGACUUGGGUACUUGUUAUUUUGGUCAAAGAUUUUGAUGAGAUGAGUAUUGAAGAGUGUGGUAUGAGUAGUAGUAGCAUGGAUGAAGUUGGAGUAGUAGAUUGUACACAUAAAAGGUUUCCAAGCAAGAGUGAACUUGUAGAAGAAAAUAGUGAACAUUCAGACUGCAUUAAUUCAAAUAUGAAGAGUUCUAUGACUAUGGAGAACAAUAAUAAAUUGCCAAAUGCCGAAAUCCAGAAUUCACUAAGAAAUGAGAUAGUGCAGCUUGAGAAAAGAUUGCAUGACCAAGUUGCUGUCCGCGGUGCUUUAGAACAAGCAUUGGGUUACAAAUCAUCUUCUCAUCAAGUAACAAAUCAAGCCUCUAUCCCGAAGCCGGCAACAGAGUUAAUUAAGGACAUUGCAGUGUUAGAGUACGAAGUUUCACAUUUGGAGCAGUAUCUUCUUUCGUUAUACCGUAAAGCGUUUGAUCAACAUAUUUCGUGUCCAUCACCUUUAAGAAACAGUGAAUCACACAAAUCACCAUUGAUGACUCCAAGAGGCAAAUACCUAGAAACUUGCAGGGCUGAUAUUUCAUUAAAACCGGACGAUGGAGACGUUGGUGAAGAAGAUAUAGCUUUAGAUUCUGGUGUUCAUCGUUGUCACUCUUCACUAUCUCAACACUCAAUGUUAUCAACCGAAACUUCCACAGAGACUCUUGGUAAGGCACUACGUGCCUGCCAUUCACAACCACUAUCCAUGACAGAGUAUGCGCAGAAUAAUAGUUCCAACAUAAUUAGUCUGGCUGAACAUCUUGGAACCAGGAUUUGUGAUCAUAUUCCUGAAACACCAAACAAGCUAUCGGAGGAUAUAAUCAAGUGCAUGUCGGCUAUAUAUUGUAAACUAGCAGACCCGCCUCAUACAAAUCAUGGGAUCUCAUCUCCUACUUCAUCUUUGUCAUCAAUGACUGCAUUUUCGCCAAAAGACCAGUCAGACUUGAUGUGGAGUCCAGGGUUUAGAAGGGAUUCAUCUUCUUUUGAUGUGAGAUUAGAUAACCCUUUUCAUGUUCAAGGGCUGAAGGAGUUCAGUGGACCUUAUAGUACAAUGGUCGAGAUUCAGUGUAUUUACAGAGAUGGCGAGCAAUUGGGUGAUAUCGAACAUAUGCUGCAAAAUUUCAGGUCACUUGUUUCUCGAUUAGAAGAGGUAGAUCCCAGGAAACUGAAUCACGAAGAAAAGCUGGCGUUUUGGAUCAAUGUACAUAAUGCCUUGGUGAUGCAUGCUGUUUUAGCUUACGGGGUUCCACAAAACAACUUAAAGAGGGUCUUUUUGCUAUUAAAAGCUGCAUAUAAUGUUGGUGGUCACGUGGUAAGUGCAGAUGUAAUCCAAAACUCUAUUCUUGGAUGCAAGAUGUCUCGUCCUGGCCAGUGGCUUCGACUGUUAUUAUCUUCAAGAUCAAAGUUUAAAGCCGGAGAUCCACGCCAAGAUUAUGCAAUCGACCAUCCAGAACCCCUUUUGCAUUUUGCACUCUCAUCAGGAUGCCAUUCUGAUCCGGCGGUUCGUGUUUACACCCCAAAACGAGUGAUUCAAGAACUAGAAGUAGCAAAAGAAGAAUUUGUGAGGGCUACAUUUGGUGUAGCAAAAGACCAUAAGAUUCUUUUACCCAAGAUCAUUGAUAACUUUGCAAAAGAUUCAGGGUUAUGUACAGGCGGUGUGAUGGAGAUGGUCCAACAAUGUUUACCCGAUUCACUUAGGAAGAACAUAAAGAAACAUCAAUUGGUGAAGUCACGAAAGAUGAUUGAAUGGGCUCCUCAUAGCUUCAGUUUUCGGUAUCUUAUUUGUAAGGAGCUAGUGAAGUGAUUAUUGAUGGUCGUGAGUUUUUAGUUAAUUUUUUGGGAAAUUUCUGUAAAUGAAUAGACGAAUGAUGUUGGGGUUGCAGUGUAUAUUUUUUGGGUAUCAAAAGCAUCUUCAUUUGCAUCUGUUUUUAA